AUAACGGUGCUUCUUAUUAACCGAUGUGAGCUGAGAAAACCAAAGAAAAAGAAAGAAAACAUGCAGCUGCGCAGUGAAACAUUUGAUCAAUUGAAGGAGAUGCUUUGCGACGCCGGCCUGUACGAGGACGGCAUGAACGUGGGGGAGAUGCGUCAAUUGGCGCAGGCCAUGGAAUUGUCCAACGAAUCCGUCGAUGGCAGGGAAUGCUUCGACAUUCAGCGCGCACUUCGGGAAAGCGAAAUUGAGUUCCAAAGAAUGGUUAACUCGACGAUGAUCGGCCACCAGCCGACAACACCAACAAGGGCAACUGCAACUGCAACAACAUCGAAUUGGCCAUCAAAUCUGGAACAAGACAACGAGAGUCCGCCAACUAACCCCAUACGGAUGAUCGUGCAGGCUGAGGUGCAUCACGAGCUCAACUGGAGUGCGGAGGGGGAGCAGCGUUCGCUCCGCAAGCGGGAGGCCAUCGGUGUCGACACCGACUGCGAAAUUCUUGCGAAGCGUGCGCUGCAAGAGCAACCCAAUCGGGAUAAUAAUCGUCCCCCAUCCCCAUCGCCAUCCCAAUUGCUGAUGAGCAGCGACUCUGGCCUGAAUUGCGAGGAGGAGGAGGAGGACUACAGUUCGCUCUCCAGCCUGAGUGGUCUGUCGUCGAAUAACUCAAUGCCAUCGAUUGGAGAGAUGCCCAGCCGUCUCUUGAUCAGCACCAGCAGCGCUGUUGUCUCCGAUCUAUCUGACCAAGAUCAGAGUGGCCUCCCCGACGAUAAUGAUGUUGAUGAGGAGCAGCCUUAAUAAUUGCAUUUCUUUUUAUAC